CGGCCGCUGCGACGCCAACAGGCAGUCGUGCCUCAGCACUCCAAAGCAACAGACGUGUUUGUGGACAGACAGACAGACAGGCAGCAACAGCAGUAGAGCAACGCCGAAACAACAGUCAAAACAAAUUCUCAGACGCAACUUAAGCAACUUCCCGUUGAAACUAACGUUCCUAAGAGCGUGAACAAAGACAGAGAGUGAGAGCGAAAGGAGCGGAACGAAAGAGGGUCGAACUUUAAUCAAUGAAAAUGUAUCCAGUCGCUGUCCAGAUGCUGCGUCUGCGUAGCGCCGCCAACGCUUGCGCCCGCACAAUCACAACGAAUCGCAGGCAGCGCAACACGGCGAGCGUUGAGCGCGCCCAGAGCAUCAGCGAGCGGGACAAGUCGCUGCACUACAAUGCCGAGGAUGGCUACUACAAGACCUCGCCCUACGAUCCCAUCAAGAUCCAAAAUGUGCCGUUGCACGAGUACGUCUGGCGCGACUUCAAAAAGUGGGAGAACUCCACGGCAGCGGUCUGCGUGAUCACAGAUCGGCAAUAUACGUACGCCCAGCUUCGCGAUGCUAGCGCCGCCUUUGCCGUGCGCCUGCAGACCAAGUUCAAGCUGUUCAAGCCCGAUAUUCUUGCCAUUUGUCUGCCAAAUAUGCCAGAGUAUCCGAUCGCAGCGCUGGGCGCUAUCGAAGCUGGUCUCGCUGUGACUACAAUCAAUCCAAUUUAUACGCCAGAUGAAAUCUCACGCCAGCUGACGUUUAGCAAUGCCAAGUUCCUGGUGGGCAGCGUGCCUGGCUAUGCCGCGCUGCGGGAGGCCUGCCAGCUGGCUGGCAAGCAGAUACCCAUCGCAGUGGUGCGCAGCAGCGAGACGGAGCUGCUGCCGGCGGGAGCGAUUGAUUUCUUUGAGCUGAUAAGCACGGAGAAUGUGCGCUACGACGAGCUGUGCCCGCCGAAGGAUGCGACGCCUGAUGACAUGGUCUUUCUGCCCUUCUCCUCGGGCACGACGGGGCUGCCCAAGGGCGUGGUCCUGUCCCACAACAAUAUCAGCAGCAACUGCGAACAGAUAGAGGAUGCGCUGCCCAUCGACUCACUCCAGUUCCAGGACACGUUGCCCGCGGUGCUGCCUUUCUUCCAUAUCUACGGCCUCACCGUGGUCAUGCUGUCGAAGCUGGGCAAGGGCGCCCGGCUGGCCACGUUGCCUGCCUUCAAGCCGGACGACUUCAUCAAGGCUCUCGACACCUACAAGGGCAGCAUCCUCAAUCUUGUGCCGCCCAUUGCCUUGUUCAUGAUCAACCACCCAAAGCUAACGAAGGACCUGGCUUCAGCGCUGCGCGUUGUCAUGUCCGGUGCGGCGCCCAUUGGCCAAAACGACGUCGAGCGCUUCCUGCAGAAGUUCCCGAAUACGCGCUUCAUGCAGGGCUACGGCAUGACGGAGGCAUCGCCCGUUAUCCUGAUGACGCCCGAGGGCAAUACACGGUACGCCUCGACAGGUGUGCUGCCUGGCAGCACGGAGGCCAAGAUCGUGCCCCUGGAUGCGACCGAUUUGAAGGGCGUGGGAGCACGCAUGACCGGGGAGCUGUGCGUGCGCGGUCCGCAGGUGAUGUCCGGCUAUUUGAACAAUCCGGAGGCCAACGAGCUGACCUUCUUUCCGGGCAAAUGGCUGCGCACGGGCGAUGUGGCCUUCUUCGAUGAGGAUGGCUACUUCUAUAUAACGGAUCGCAUGAAGGAACUGAUCAAGGUUAAGGGCUUUCAGGUGCCGCCAGCUGAGCUGGAAGCGGUGCUGCGCGACCAUCCGAAGAUCUUAGAGGCAGCCGUCUUUGGCAUACCCCACGAGCUGAACGGCGAGGCGCCGCGAGCCAUCGUUGUGCUGCGCCAGAACGAGACGGCAACGGCCGAGGAGAUAGCCGCGUAUGUCGCGGAACGUGUCGCACACUACAAGAAGCUCGAGGGCGGCGUCAUCUUUGUCGAUGAGGUGCCCAAGAAUCCGACCGGCAAAAUACUGCGCAAGGAUCUCAAAGAAAAGUAUUCGGACUGAGCCAGCCAAUCUCGCAAUCUGCUGUUUUUACAUAGCUGUUAAACAUCUAUUUUAUGUCUUAUUAUUAUUUUAUUUUAUUUUUUUUUUUUUUUUUUUGAGAGAAUUUCAAUUACCAUUUGGUAUCUCUGUGGAUCCGAUAAAAUGUGACCCUUCAAUGUUGGCAAUCGCCAGUGAAGAUGCGGGCAUUGUGAGCAUUGCAUUUAGACGAGUGGCCCCCAGGGUGGCUGCGACAAUAGCGAGUAAAGCAUAGCGAGUAACGAGUAGCACGUAGAGAGUAGCGAGUAAUGAGAGUCGCGAAGUGAAAAGCUAAAAGCGCAGGGCGAAUAGGAAGUAGCGAGUAGCGAGUAGGAAGUAGCGCGAAUAAUGGCUGGAGCAUUGCAAGUGCCAAGAAUGGAUAGCAACAAGCGAGUAGCGAGUGACAGGAUGGGAGUAGCGAGGAACGAGUGGAACCUAAGGGAUAAUUGUUAACGUGUAUCAUUUAGCGAGUAGCGAGUGACAGGAUGGGAGUAGAGAGUAACGAGUGGGACCUAAGGGAUAACUGUUAACGUGUAUCAUUUAGCGAGUAGCGAGUAACGCGAAUAAUUGCUAGAGCAUUGCAAGUGCCAAGAAUGGAUAGCAACUAGCAAGUAGCGAGUGACAGGAUGGGAGUAGAGAGUAACGAGUGGGACCUAAGGGAUAGCGAGUAGCGAGUAGCGAGUAAAUAGUCACUGGAUUGGUCCAUAGCUUGUAAGUGUCGUAGCACUAUUUAGUCUCGUAGCCUAGGCUUGUGUGUACCUAAACUGCAACAGAAUAUAUCUAUUGAUAACGCUGGACCAGCAUAGUAUACCAUAGUAUACACCAAUAUCAGUCCGAUUCCCAACGGACAUAGCCCUAAGCCAACACAUUUAUUAUUAUUUUUGGUUUUUUUUUUUUUUUUUUUUGUUAUCUGUAUGAAUAGUAUGUAAGCUAGUAUUUAGAUAUUGAUAUAUUUACAACUGUGUAUGCGUAUGUCUAUGUAUUUUACUUGUAUAUGAACGUUUUGUAAUAAAGAUUUGAGUGACCAACUA